UUUCCAGGGACAGUGGAUUGGACGCGGACCACAGAAGCCCGCCCCAAGCCUCUCAAAUCGAAGACAGGCAGUCACUCCAGUGUCUUCUGAGUUCUCUCUGAAUAAGGAGGUUUUACUAAACAGAGGGAGGGUUUAUUAUACAGACAAUGGGCGGCGCCACAAGGUUGCUUGUGCUUCUCAACACCACCAGCCCCUUUCCUUUUCUUCUCCACCAACACCGCCGCAGAUGCCCUUCACUCCUUCGCCUCUCCCGCCGCCACAAGCUCCUCUCCUCUUCCCUCUCUUCUCACCACCUCCACCAUCUCGUCGUCUCUCCCUCUCCCUCUCCUGCGGUCAAAGCUUCCCAGUCGCACCGGCAGCUCCACAUCCGCUCCUCAUCCGCCCUCCCUGACGACCCCUUUCUACGCUCUUCUAAUCGAGACUCGCAUCCCUGGCCCGAGUGGUCAGCCUUCCUCCAGACCCUCUCUCUCGCCGGCUACUUUCGUAACGACAACAUUAAUUAUCGCCCCGGAUCCGGUGACGUAUCGGCUCAUGAUAUUGGCUACGAGGUUGAGUUCGUUGCGUCCGCUGAUUUACCGGAUGAGUUCGUGCGCGCCGCGAGUGCCUGCUUGGCGUUCGCUAGAGAUAGGGCGAACCUUUUGGGGUUGCUUUCUAGGAAGGAUGUUGAAGUGGUGGUUGGGAAUGGGUCGCCAUUUCUCUUCAAAGAUGGUGAUGAUUCCGUGAGGAAGAUGGCAUCGUUUUUGCACAACGGUGAAUCUUACGUAUCAGAUUCCAAUAAAGCACUCACUGUUGAUUUGAUGAAAUUUAUACUGAGUUAUGUCAGCAACGGAUCUGUUUCUUCAGAAAAAAGUAACUGUGACAGAGAAACUGUUGAAAUAUCUGUCCGGAAUCUGUUAAGCGAAUUUGCCAAGCUGAGCUACAGCUCCUCGCAGUCAAACACUGUUGGGUCUCAUCAAAAGCACUCCCCUGAGAGAUCUGGACAAACACCGAGUCAUGUUGGGCAAACAGUUGAAAUGAAAAGAGGCGAUUGGAUUUGCCCGAGGUGUAGUUUCAUGAACUUUGCGAGAAACAUGAAAUGCCUUGAAUGUGAGGAGACACGACCAAAGAGACAGUUGACUGGUGGGGAGUGGGAGUGUCCACAAUGUGAUUUCUUUAAUUAUGGGAGGAACAGCGUAUGUUUAAGGUGCGACUGUAAGCGAACUGGAGAAAUCUUGGUUGGUAGUGCCCACAGCAUAUCAGGAGUGGGGUAUGGAAAUGGAACAAACACCAAUAAGGCUGACAUUGAUAGCAGGUUGGCUGCCAAUGAAGAGAAGGCAAAACGAUGGUUCAGUAAGGUUUCUCAGCUUGAUAGUAGUUCUGACAUGAGCAGUGCCAUAGCGGAUGAAGAUUUUCCCGAAAUAAUGCCCCUGAGAAAAGGGGUAAAUAGAUUUGUAGUGAGCACGAGGAAGACACCUUUGGAGAGGAGGCUGGCCAAUGCUAAAUACCAGAGAAACUUAGGUAGUGACGACUCUCCCGAGGGCAACGAUUCAAGAAGUGUGGGUCCAAACUCGACAAUCAGUCAGGGUUUAGAUAAGAUUCUUGGUCACACACCUGUUGUUUCUGAAUCUAACAAUAAAAAUAUAACUGCUGGACAUAAUCCUGGAUCAGAUGGAUUACGUCCAUCUUCUUCACAGUAUGCCCCCCCUGGUGGAAGCAAUUCCAAUUAUGUUCCAUUCGUGCCAUUGCCCGCAGAUAUGUUUGCCCAGCCUGAAAAUGCAAUACCACAGGGGAGUGAGAAGCCAUUGAGAGACUACCAGAAAUCUCUUGCUUCAAACACUCUUGAGUGGACAAGCAAUGCUUCUGGGAGCAAUGAGUCAGACAAGUCAGGAGGCAGUUUACAGCAGUCUCAGAACCCUAUGAGCCAGAUUGAGAACAAGAAUAAGGAGAAACAAGAAGCUGAAAAAUCCGUGAGAUGGUUCAAGAGGGUAGCAGAACUGCAUAAUGUUACAGAUCUCUCUAGUGCAAUUUCGGACGAGGACUUCCCUGAGAUCAUGCCAAUGCGUAAAGGAGAGAACCGAUUUGUUGUCAACAAGAAGAAGGAUCGCUCGUUGACUUCUCCAGCUUACAAGAGACGUAUGGCCAUGGAGCAAGCUAGCAGUACUAACUUUGUACCAUUUGUACCCUUUCCAUCUGACUACUUUGCUAAAAAGGACAAACCACAGCCAGAGGGAACAGAUUCAAGCAAAGAAGGUGCUGAAGUCUCUUCUGCUUCUGCCAUGCCAAAGGACAAACGACUGCCAGAUGGAACAGUUUCAAGUAACGAAGCUGCUGAAGAAACUUCUGCUUCUGCCAUGCCAAAGAAUCAUCUUGAGAAGUCAUAUGAUGCUAGACCCAAUGUGCUUCACGGGAAUAAUAUUGAAGAGAGAGGAAAUCAAAACAUUAGUAUAGAAAUAUUAAGCGAAAAACCUGCUGCAGAGAACUUGACUGAGACAUAUGUCAGAAGUGGGUACCCUCGGAACGAAAAUACCAAUGAUACACCAAAUUUUACGAGUUCUCCCCAACAAUCAGAAAAUGAAAAUAUUAGAGAGAGAUGGAUGGGAAAAAGCUUGGAGGGGUCAGCAGUGAAGGAACCAGAUCCUCUAGAUAUGUCGGAGGAAGCCAAGGCAGAGAGGUGGUUCAGGCGUGUUGCCCAGAUUAAGGACAUCUCAGAGCUGAGUCAAAUACCUGAUGAGGAUUUCCCAUCAAUAAUGCCAAUGCGAAAGGGUGUAAACAGGUUUGUUGUGAGUAAAAGAAAAACGCCACUGGAGAGGAGGUUAACGUCCUCGCAGUACAGAAGAAAUCUUCCGAUUGUGAGCACAGAUCCAGUGAAGGAAAAUGAUGAUGGUAGCUGAGAAAAUAUGGACGUUUUUUUUUUUCUCUAAGCGAGAAAGCUAGGAAUUUUGAUGUUUUGUAUUGGGAUGUGAUAUACUUUCCGCGAAUUAAAAAAUUACUUUUGAAGAAUAAAAAGAAAGUGCAAUAAUUAUGUUGCGAAA